AACUUGGAUUGAUAAGAUUUGAUGGCGCGCAGGAAGGUGGGCGAGUGGAUACGGAAGCGUAAGAUGCCGAGGAAGCUGGCGGCCAAGCGAGAGAGCAAGACCAGCGGGGCGUCGGAACCGAUACUGUCGAGCAAGGCGGCAUGUGAGAGCUGCAGCAGUGCCUCUGGCGGGGCACCGGCACCGACGUCUAGGAAUGCGGCCGUGAGCCGGAGCAGAAAUGGUGCCGGUGCGCUACCGGCGCAUUCGAAGUCUCGGGUGAGCUCCUUCCUGUCGAUGCUUAUGAGGUGGCGGCCGCGCGUGAACGUGAUGGCCGUGCUAUGCGAGCAGGUGGUGUACCACCUGAUGUGGGUGGUGGAGUCUGUGGUGUUGGUUGGGAGGCUCUGCUUCUUCCUCAUGCGCUUCGGCUUCAAGCAGCUCUGAGCUCAAUCCUCCAAUGGCCGCCAUCGCGUUGAGGGUGGAGGACAAAGAACCAGCUUGCGUUGAGUGUUUCUUCGUUCAUUUUUCUUCCCUUUGUGCAGAUUCGUUUGCCUUUUUUCUGUGGCUUUCGAUGA